AUGUUCCGAUCGACCGCCAUACGACGCCGUCUGUUCAUUCGACUCCUCCAUACUAAACCCUGCGCUCUCUCCCCCACUGGCGCCGCCGCCACCGCAGAUUUUCCGGUGAACGACACCGUCUCGCAAAUCAUUGCUCACUUCAACAACCCGUCCACCCCUUGCCGCAGUUCGAGUUUCUUACUGAAAUCCCUCCAAAGCGAGGCCUGGUUCAGCAGUGAGGUCCGCAGAUUAGCUCCUCAUGAAAUCGACACCAUCAUCGAGAACCUCGACCCGCAAAAUGCAAUCUGUUUGUUCUUUGUUCUACAGAACGUGUUCGGCAUCCGCCACACACGGAACGCGAAGUUCGUCGUCGCCCAUUUGUUGGCCAGAAAGCAGCGUUCACGCGGACUCCGGUGCCAUCUUCAGCGGGUGCUCGAAGAAGAAGGCUCCGGUUCGGCACUUUCAUUCUGCACGCUCCUUCGUGAGAGCUUCGUGGGAUGGGCUUGUAGCCAUACGGUAUGGGACAUGCUGGCAUUCGUGUACUCCAAAACCGGCAUGGUCCAAGAUGCCCUUGCCGUCCUCUCCGAGAUGAAGGACUUAGAUAUCCAGCCUUCAGUCAUGACGUACAACAGCUUGCUACAUAACCUGAGGCACACGGACCUCAUUUGGGAUGUUUAUGGCAAAAUCGAGGCCACCAGAUCCCUCCCGACUGAGUACACGUACUCGAUCUUCUUAGAUGGCCUGUGCCGGCAGUCCCUGAUCCACGAGGCCAUUGCAUUCCUGCGUGAGAUUGAGGAAAAAGAUGCUGAGCCUUCUGUCAUCUGGUUCAACACCCUCAUGUCGGGAUUCUGCCGGAUGGGGUUUGUGGAUAUUGCAAAAUCUUUUUUCGUCAAGAUUUACAAGUAUGGGUUGGAGCCCGAUGUGUACAGUUACAAUAUCCUGAUUCAUGGGCUUUGCGUGACUGGGUCGCUGAAAGAAGCACUGGAUUUCGCCAAGGACAUGCAGAAUCACAGGCUUGAGCCCGAUGAGGUGACCUACAAUAUUCUCGCUAAGGGAUUUCGCCUGCUUGGCAUGGUUGGCGAAAGGUGGAAGAUAAAAGAGAGGAUUUUACAUGACGAGUUGGGCCCGACUGAUGACUUGACCUACACGUUGCUGAUUUGUGGGCACUGCAUGACAGGUAAUGUUGAGGAGGGUUUCAGGGUUCGGGACGAGAUGCUGUCCAAGGGUCUUAAGUUGGACCGUAUAUCGUACCGGGUUCUGUUCAGCAGCUUGUGCAAAAUCGGACAGAUUAGAAGAGCUCUGGAUUUGCUGUAUGAGAUCGAGGGUGUCGGUCUGAAACCGGAUCUUUUUAUGUAUUCUAUGAUAAUCCAUGGUCUUUGCAAGCUGGGGGAGGUACAGAAAGCCAUCCAGCUUUACAAGGAAAUGAGUUUGAAGAGCAUCAUCCCGAAAUCUACCUUCCACGGGGCUAAUUUACUAGGAUUGUGCAAGAAGAGAACGAUUUCCGAAGCAAGAAGCUAUUUCAAUAUUCUGACCGAAAGUGACUUGGUGCAGGAUGUCCAUUUGUACAAUAUCAUGAUCGAUGGGUACAUUAAACUCGGGGAUAUGGAGCAGGCUCUUGAAUUGUACAAGAAAUUGUUGCAGAAAGGGCUUGCCCCGACUGUAGUCACUUUCAAUUCUCUAAUUAACGGGUCGUGCAGGAACAGGAAUCUUGCCGAUGCCUGUAAAUGGUUUGAAGUCAUUAAAAUGCAUAAUUUGACACCGUCAGUUGUUACUUACACAACACUCAUGAAUGCGUUUUGUGAGUCUGGGGACCCAGAGGCUGCAUUCAGGCUGCUCAAGGAAAUGCAGGCAAAUGGGCUGGAGCCGAAUCGAGUUACUUACACAGUGGUCAUGAAAGGGUUGUGCAUGCAAGGCAGACUGGAACAUGCUCUCGAGGUCCUUGAGGUUACGUUGAAAAAGGGCCUUUCCCCAGAUCAAGUUUCUUAUAAUAUACUUAUACAGCGCUUUUGCAGAGCUCGGGAUCUUGGACGAGCAUGCAAAUUAGUGGACCAUAUGGUUGGUCACAAUAUACAGCCGAGCUCGGCCACGUACGAGAUUCUCAUCAAUGGUUUGUGCGUGUAUGGAGACCUGAGUGGUGCCGAGAGUAUAUUCUCUUCUCUCCAAGAACAAAAUGUUGGACUUUCGAAAGUUGCAUAUAUGACUCUAUUAAAAGCAAUUUGUGCAAAGGGUGAUGUUCGAAAGGUUAGGGUGCUCUUCUGUAAAAUGGUUGAAAACGGGUUUGAAUUUUCGGUGAAAGAUUAUAGUGCUGUCAUCAAUAGGCUGUGUAAAAGAUCUUUCCUGAGGGAUGCGCUGGAUUUUUUCCGGACGAUGCUGAUCGAUGGAGUUGUUCCUGACCAGCAAAUUUGUUCCAUUAUUAUUAGUUCUUUAGAGGGCGCUGGCAAAUUCGGUUUGGCACGGCAUAUCCUAGGUUUGCCGGAUAUAUUUUGUUUCAUACUGUUGACGGCACAAAAAGAACUUGCAAAAGCAGUUAUAUCUUAUUUUGCUGGUGGGACCCAACUUAGUCCUCGGGACCAGAUCGAUGCCAGGCUAUUUAUCGUCAUUGUGCAUUACAAACUUGUGCCAUAUCAGGUUGAAGAUCGUGUAAAGCUCGUAAUAUUGCUCGAAGCCUGUAAGAUAUCUGUCACUGUUCGGAUUUUCUGA